AUGAUCAUAUUAUUUUCUAUUUAUAUUAACAAUUCUGGGGGGGGGGUGGAUGGGAGUUUUCCCUCUGUUGGAAAAUCAACUUUACUUUCAAAUAUUUCUGGUGUGCAUUCUGAAGUAGCUGAUUAUGAAUUUACAACCUUAACUACUGUCCCUGGACUUAUAAGAUAUAAAGGUGCUAAAAUUCAACUUUUGGAUUUGCCUGGAAUUAUUGAAGGAGCAAAGGAUGGAAAGGGUCGAGGACGGCAGGUUAUUGCUGUUGCCCGAACUUGUUCUCUAAUUUUAAUGGUUUUGGACGUUACAAAACCUUUGAGACACAAAGAAUUAUUGGAAUAUGAAUUGGAAGGUUUUGGGAUUCGAUUAAAUAAGACACCCCCAAACAUUACUUUUAAAAGAAAAGACAAAGGAGGAUUAAAUUUAAAUUGUGUGGUAUUUAAAUUUAUUUCCUUAAAAAACUUCCUCCUUCUUUUUUCUCUUUCUAAAAAGGUCCCUCAAUCAGAAUUGGAUUUGGAUACUGUUAAAGCAAUUUUAGCCGAAUAUAGAAUUCAUAAUGCAGAUAUUACACUUAAAUAUGAUGCUACAACUGAAGAUUUAAUUGACGUUAUUGAAGGAAAUCGUGUUUAUAUUCCCUGUAUUUAUGUUUUAAACAAAAUAGAUCAAAUAACAAUUGAAGAAUUAGAUAUUCUUUAUAAUAUCCCUCAUUGUGUGCCUAUUUCUGCACAUCAUAAAUGGAAUUUUGAUGAUUUAAUGGAGAAAAUAUGGAUUUAUUUAAAUUUAAUUAGAAUUUAUACAAAACCAAAAGGUCAAUUACCUGAUUAUGAGACUCCAAUAGUUUUAAACGCUGAUAAACGAAUAAUGGAAGAUUUGUGUAUGAAAAUACACAAAUCGCUUGCUAAAGAUUUUAAACAUGCUCUUGUUUGGGGCAGAAGUGUUAGACAUACACCACAAAGUGUUGGAAAGAAUCAUCUUUUGGAAGAUGAAGAUGUUGUUCAAGUUAUUAAAAAAUGA